GAGGUAGGCGGCGCCGCGAGGGCCUCUGGGAAGGCGGUCCGUGGGCAGCCGCGGGGCACUCUGGGACUGGGCUGUGGGCGGCUUUUUUGCGAGUGGCGGGUCGACUGUGUAGUCCGCUCCUGCAGCGCGCUCUGCCCGGCUUCCUCAGUCUCCUCGCCCGGAGCGUCCGGGAGCAGCUCCGAGGCCGCGGCGAAACCAGGUGGAGUCCGAGGUUCGGAGGAGUAUCAGAGGGAGCAGGGAUUGGAUCAAGUCAUUGCAUCUAGAGUACGGGGGAACGAAGAAAUCAUGGAGAGAGUUUGCCCCAGGAGAGAGGCGAGCGUUAUGUAACCUAGGAUCUGGGGUGGGUAACAGUCUGUGCGGUGUCAAUCUGAGAGGAGAAAACACCCAACGUGAGGGAAUGGUCAGCCUUGUCAUUUCAGCAUUCUGGCCUUCCCUAUGAGGAGGAAGAUCAACGAAGUCACAGGGCCCUUCUAGCCCAAUCCAGAGCUGUGCCAUGGCAGAGACAAGAGAAGAGGAGACAGUGUCAGCAGAAGCCUCAGGGUUCUCAGACUUGAGUGACUCAGAGUUCCUGGAGUUUCUGGACCUAGAAGAUGCCCAAGAGUCAAAGGCUUUAGUUAACACGCCUGGCCCAUCUUCUGAAUCCCUUGGGAAGGAUGACAAACCCAUAAGCUUACAAAACUGGAAAAGAGGAUUGGAUAUCUUAUCACCCAUGGAGAGAUUCCACCUUAAAUAUUUAUAUGUUACUGACCUGGCUACUCAGAACUGGUGUGAACUGCAAACAGCAUAUGGGAAGGAGCUUCCUGGUUUCUUGGCACCUGAGAAGGCAGCUGUGUUGGACACUGGUGCCAGCAUACACCUAGCUAGAGAACUAGAACUUCAUGAUCUUGUGACUGUCCCAGUCACCACUAAAGAAGAUGCUUGGGCAAUUAAGUUUCUGAACAUACUUUUGCUGAUUCCUACCCUGCAGUCAGAAGGGCACAUCAGAGAGUUUCCAGUGUUUGGGGAAGUGGAGGGUGUACUUCUUGUUGGAGUGAUUGAUGAGCUGCACUAUACAGCCAAGGGGGAACUGGAGCUGGCGGAACUCAAGACACGCAGGCGCCCUAUGCUCCCUCUGGAAGUUCAGAAGAAGAAAGACUGUUUUCAAGUCAGCCUAUACAAAUAUAUCUUUGAUGCCAUGGUACAAGGAAAAGUGACCCCUGCUAGCCUAAUCCACUACACAAAGUUGUGUCCAGAAAAGCCACUGGGGCCAUCAGUGCUGAGGCAUGCCCAGCAGGGAGGCUUCUCUGUGAAGUCUUUGGGUGACCUCAUGGAACUGGUCUUCUUGUCUCUAACACUGUCAGACCUCCCAGUUAUUGAUAUCUUGAAGAUUGAGUAUAUCCACCAAGAGACUGCCACUGUGCUGGGUACUGAGAUUGUAGCCUUCAAAGAGAAGGAGGUGAGAGCCAAGGUGCAGCAUUAUAUGGCCUACUGGAUGGGCCACCGAGAGCCCCAGGGAGUUGACGUGGAGGAGGCUUGGAAGUGCCGGACGUGUACCUAUGCAGACAUUUGUGAGUGGAGAAAGGGCAGUGGAGUGCUCAGCUUGACACUGGCGCCCCAAGUCAAAAAAGCCAAAUGAAUAGAAGGUAUGCUUUCAAGAAUGUUGAUCCUUCCUGCUCCUGCUGUACCUAAGCAAAAGAGGACCAGUCUCUGAGCUUGGCUUUUAUGGAGAGUGUUCUUAUUUUGGUUCUUUUUUUAAUUUCCACAACCUCUAACCACAUUCAGUCCAGGACUAAGGCUCAGGGAUGAGUGGGAGAGAUGGGUUAUACUGUCCCUGGAGCUUCAUCAUGAUUGCCUGAGAAGACAGAUGCUCAUCAUGGCUGGAAUGAAGGUAUCCUUCAGUAAACUUUGCUUUCCUAAGAAAAUUCUUCAGUUUCUGAUAAGUCAUCCCUAUUUUUAUCUUGAUCAAGGCUUUCUACAGUUACAUAAUAAAAUGAAAUGCUGUCCA